UCCUCUCCCUGCCUUGUCCUUCUCUGAGACACUGCACCCGGGGCUGCGGCUGCCGGGGACCCAGGGCUUGGGCCCCUCACCAUGCAUUGCCUGUGGAGCUGGGUGAUGGCCAAGGCUGCAAGGGGCACAGGGACCCCACCACCUGUGGUCCUGCAAGAGAUAGGAAGCCUGGACCAGCCCAGGCUGGAGGGUUGCAAGGAGAUCCUCAGCGAGCUCACGCUGGAUGCCCUGCUGGACAUGAACGAGGUCAAGGUGAAGGAGACGCUUCGGCGCUACGGGGCCAAUGCCGAGGAGUGUAGCCGCCUGCAGUACGCCCUUGCCUGCCUGCGGAAAGUGACAGGUCUGGGAGGAGAGCACAAAGAGGACUCGGGCUGGAGUUCAUUGGAUGCCCGGCGGGAAAGCGGCUCAGGGCCUUCCGCGGACGCCCUCUCGCCGGCCAGCCUGCCUUGGCCCCCAGGGGGCGCCCAGCUGGGCAGAAUGGGCGGCAGCACCCAGGGCCCACGCUCCGUGUCUGUGUCCGCUCUGCCCACCUCGGACUCCCCGAUCCCCGGCCCCUGUGAGGGCCUCUCGGACACCUGUAUCCUCCUGCACACCAGUGGCCGGCUGACCCCCCGGGCCCUGCACAGCUUCAUCACCCCCCCGACCACGCCCCAGCUGCGAAGGCACACCAAGCUGAAACCGCCGCGGACGCCGCCCCCACCCAGCCGCAAGGUUUUUCAGCUGCUGCCCAGCUUCCCCACGCUCACCCGGAGCAAGUCCCACGAGUCUCAGCUGGGGAACCGCAUUGACGAGGUCUCCCCGAUGAGGUGA